GUAUGAUCGAAAACGGCCUUACGGAAUGUACCUCAUAUUGUGGUCAAAGAACGUCAAAGUCGAAUGAAGGUGAUGAUAGCGACGAAAACGCGGCGAAUAAUACCGACAGCAGUCUGCUGAAGGAAAUCGAAGAAGCCUUAAAGAUGAAAUCUGGCGAAUUCCAUUCCUUGCAAGCAACUGCCGGGAAAUUUGACACUGCAUCGACGGAACCGGUGAACGUAGAAAAGGGUUCUUUUUGCCAUCCAUACUUAUCACUGGCUUAUCUCGAUUGGCUAGAGUCUGAUUCGGUGCGCGCCUGCGUUGUUGGUGCCACAAACGCCUUGUUUAUUCAAAGGAAGGAUCUCUUCGACGUUAUUGUUGUGGUAGAAGACAAUGACGUGCACAUGUCUAUUUUCGACCCUGAAUUGCGUCGGGCUUUGUCUUUAACGACUGCUGAUCUACGUUUUACCGAGUUCAUCGUCAAGAACAUCUACCAGACGGGAAACACAUUGGUCGACGAUACAACCUGGGAGGGCAACGACGAGUGGAUUCGACAACAGCUUCGUGAGUAUCUUCUGGCGCUUCUGCUGACCGCUGGCAAAACCGGUAACGUGAAUCACGUGUUGUCUGCAGUUAACCGUUCUCUGACAGAUUCCGUUAAGGAAGAGGACUUCAAUUCGACCUUCGUUGAAACGUGGAAGUGUACGCACAACUUCAAAACCUGGAAGGCUGGUAAUUACCGCGACUGUCUUGAAGCACAACCGAGGUAUUUUUAUAUCCAGUGCUUGAUUUGUUACCAAGCCACAAAGCGAUUAGUGUGGUGUUUUCUUAACGGCAUUUGUGCAUUUUCAGGCAUCCUUGUCAUGGCCAAUUGAAC